AAAAAAAUCAAUCAAUUAGGAUUUGUACAUUCGUGCUAUGGUUCAGUGGAAUGCAUGAAAGUCUUCUCCGACCAAACUAAAGUCCCUCUUCUGUGAUCUCUCUCUCUCUCUCUCUCUCUCUCACGGAGAAGGAGAGAUUCUCGGAGUGCGGUGCGUGGCUUCUUCGCCGGUGGAACUAAAAACCCUAGAAUCAGUCUUAUUUUCUCAUUCCGCCGCCGAUUUUUUUUUUUAUCUUUGAUUCAGGUUCGGGUAUUGUGGACAGAAUUUAAGAAAAAGUUCCGAUCUUUGGCGUGGAUUCCUGCCUAUUAGUUCGUAAAUUCGUGAAAUCGAAUGAACAAGCCCUCUCACGGAAACAUUCAUGGAUUGGAAUGACGGGAUAGAGCUUCUCAGUUCUUGGACUGGUCAUAUUGGAAACCUUGGCCUCCACCUGCUAUGGCGUUUCAUACACAUUGUGUUGAGCUUGUGGUUCAUAGUCUCGGGUACAGUCGAGACACUCGAGUGCUAUCUCAUAUCGUCGGGACUGAUACAGAAGUACCGUUCCAUCCAUACCGAAAAACUCCGGUAUCUAGCGAUUGUGGUUGAAAGCGAAGAAACUCGUGAAAUCUCAAAGGUUUUGGAGCUUCUGCGGUGGCUAACGGCGAUCGGGGUUAGGCGAGUUUGUCUCUUUGAUUCACAAGGUUUAUUGAAGAAAUCCAAGGAUUUGAUCUUGGGAACCAUUUCGGGUUCAACCCUAUUAGAGGAGGUUUCUGAGAAGGAUUCUUUGCCUAACCGAAAGGGUAUCACUUUAGAGUUCAUCUCGUCAUCCGACAACAAAGACGCUGUGGCUAAAGCGGCAAACAUACUUCUUCAGAGAUGUUUAAAAUCCAUCGAUUCGGGAGAAAACGUAUUCACAGAAACUCACUUGAGAGAAGCGUUAAAAGCCGUCGGUGACAGUGGACAAGAACCGGAUCUGAUGCUUGUUUACGGGCCUGUGAGGUGUCACCUCGGUUUUCCGGCAUGGAAACUACAGUAUACAGAGAUUGUGCAUAUGGGACCUUUGAAGUCUAUGAAAUAUGGUUCUCUUGUGAAAGAGAUCCACAAGUUCACGAGGGUACGCCAAAACUACGGCGCUUGAACGGCAAUCAAUGUCUUGGAUCGUGCUGGUUAUGUAGUGAAUGGUUUCGGGUGCAGAGAUCUGAAGAGCAUUGAAGAUAUUUCACAUGGAGAAGCCGCCAUUGUUGUUGGAGCAGAGCUCCUGAUAGAGAGGAUCCACCAUUCUUUCUUGUUACAUUAGUUUAGGGUUGCACUACCAAGACAUUGUAUACAUUGGUCAAUAUGGAUGGUAAUUAACCGGAUUAAACCGAUUCGGUUUUGUUCAGGUUA